UGCGUGGACGAACCCAAUGAUUGGGGAGGGUUGGACCCGUUAUGUGGCGUUUAAACACGACCCCCGCAGAGAUUGAAUCUUCUCUUACGGUUACACGUGUAACUUAUUUUAGAGUUUGCACGUCUCUUACCUCGCAGUGAGAGUGGGGGCUUUAUUUUUUUGUUAACAUAGCCAGAGUUUGCAGGUAUUCAUAAAUUAAGCGCAGCAGCGUCUUGCGGUUAUUUGAUUUAACAAAAAACGGGGGCAUUUUUCUUGUCACUUUUUUUAAUUGUAAAAGUACCGACAUUAUAUUUCGCUCGAUCGUGGCAUUAACUGCAUUUAAAUAUAGUGGUUAUAUAUGAUGGCCCUAAUUGUUUUAACAUGCUUGGUAUUCAAGGGAUUGCAUUCCGAUACUGUAUUCUACCUUCAUUUGUUAUACGGAUAGCUAAUUUAAUUUUGUCAUUCCAGUUUUUAUUACUGCACUAGAAGGACAGCCAAUAAAGGGAGCUAUAUAGAGUCCCUCUGGAGGAUAUCUUUUUUAUUCGGUGGAGGGGGGAGGGGAGAAAUCCGUUGAAGCAAGCGGACAACACCAUCAGGCUCAACAAUGAAAAGCUGGAAAGCAAAGUUUAAGAAAAGCGAUACAAGCGAGUGGAGCAAGUAUGGCGAUCGUCUACUUCAAGCUGUGGAGCAAGGAGAUGCUGAGAAGGUUGCCCUGCUACUCAGCAAAAAGGGCAUCUCUGCCACCAGGCCUGAUGGAGAGGGGAGGACUGCGCUGCAUCUGGCUGUGAUAAAAGGCAGUUCUGAUUGCUUAGACGUCAUGCUGUCCCAUGGAGCUGAUGUUGGUUUACUCGAUCCAUCUGGAUUAAGCGUCCUUCACCUGGCUGCCAAGAACGGUCAUACACAGUGUGUCCGCAAGCUUAUACAGCACAAGUAUCCCGUGGAGGUUGUGGAUCCGAGUGGUUUGACAGCUCUGCACCAUGCAGCGAUUUCUGGCAUUGUACCGUGUGUACAGUUUCUCUGUGAUCAAAAGGCCUUUGUGGAUGCCAGAGACUUGGAAGGUCACACUGCGUUAGCAUUGGCCGGUAGAUUGGGACGAGUUGAAGUUUGCAAGCAUCUACUGGAUCGAGGAGCAGAUGUAAAUGCAUUCAAUAAGGAACUCAAAACGGUGCUCAUGCUGGCCUGUGAGGGAGGCCACUUGGCCACAGUGGAGUUGCUGCUGAAACACGGAGCCGAGCCAAUGGUCGUGGACUCGGUAGGGCACAGCGCCCUGCACUACGCCUGUCGCUCUGGGAACCCCACGAUGCUCACGCUUGUGCAGUCCGCCACGCGGAUGAGCUCGCAUGCUGCGGAAAUAGAGGAGGUAAUUGAAAGGAACAAGGUACUUGAAAAGACAAAUGAGGCGUUAACAGAAUCGUUGGACAAAAUGCAGACGAAACAGCUCACGAUGACACGGAGAAUUCAAGAACUGGAAUGCUUGCUUGAAGAAAGCAGGCAUGAAGCGGCAAAACGGACUCCACAUGGGUCACCUGUGGAUUCAACUGAGCGGGGCGAACACGGGGUGACAGGGCACGAAAUGGAACAAGAAACUAUGACUUGUGAUUCCAACUACAAAGCAGUUCAGGAAAGUGAUUUUACAACUCAGCACAAUAUCGAAACAGAAGAAGGCAAGAUUAUGACUGUUGGAGUUCAAAAAAACAGAUCUGAUAUGGAUCAAGAGUCCCCUGACACAUUUACCAUUUCAGAGGCCAAUGUUCAGAGUUCUUUUUCUACUUGCCAAUUGCCUUACCCAUCUAAUUUCCAAUCUUUCGAUGAAACUUCAGAGAACGUUACAAUUGGAAACAGCAUCAAAGGACAAAGACCAAAUGGAUCGGGCUUGAGUAAUCCUGUCAAUGUGGCCGAUAGUACAAAUCAAGAAUGUCUCCUCCAGACUGGGGAGCAAAACAAAGAAGAUAACUCAUUAACAAACUUUCCAGAAAUUCUAAAUCGUGCAGAAAGUUUGGUUCCGAAAGAAGAUGCACCAGUUGAUAAAAACAUAAACUUGUUGUCACAUGAAACAGAGUUUGCAGAGGCAGUAGCUAAAGUAAACACAGAACACAUCUCUGACAUUCAUACUGUGAAAAUGCAAGAUUCAAGGGCAUCACAGCUUCAAUUAUGUCCAGAAGAAAAAUCAACUAACAGGAAGUUUAAUGGAGGAACAAAAGGGCACAAAAGUGGUGAUUUGCAAAGUGAAGACAUGUCCAAGGGAGUUGAUUGCCACAGCACAGAUGUAUCAAUUGAAUCAAAUGAAAUGUGUGUUCCAGGCACAAAGACAGAUAAGCUAUCGUCCUAUUCCUCUGAGGUUGGAGAUGUUAAUUGCAUGACCAAGGGUGGGAAUGAAAUCGAAAUGGCCUCUUACGUGGAAUAUUGUAAUAUGAAGGCUUCUUUUGAUGUGGAGUUGAAGACCCUGACUAAGAAACUGACAAUUCUUGCCGAUGAACACAGCAAAGUGAAUAUUGAGCUGAGCCAGAUAAAGUGCUCCCAUUUAAAGUCACAGCAGGAAAAGAAAGGCCUGCAGGCACAAGUCCUUUCCCUUGAGAAGGAACAAACAAGACUUCUGCAGCGCCACAGCGAGGCGCAGAAGGCUACUCAGGAGCUCAAUAAAACCAAACAUGAACAUCAGCGCGUGUUGCAAAGAAAAGAGACAAUGAUUGAAGACCUUCAGAAAGAGGUUGGUAAACUGAGGCUGGCUCUCAACAGUCUCUCCAAGCUGGCAUACACAUCAAGUGGGAGCAAGCGAGCAAGCCAGCAGGCAGAGAGCCUACAACAGCAGCUCAAGCUGACCCAACAGCAGCUGGUGGCGGCAGAGAGGCACCACAAGGAUGUCGUGUCUGUCUACCGGAUGCACUUACUCAGCGCUGUGCAGAUGGAUGUGGAGGUACAAGAGGCACUACGGCAGAUUCUCAAGAUGCACCGAAUCCACAAGUCUGACUCCGCGUGAUUAACAACAAUUUCAUAGCAACGCAGUACAAGUGUCUGCUUACAGCAUAUAUUGAAGUCAUCUACUACAUGAAUUUCUACCAAAUAUUUUGUAUUAAAAAAAACAACAGUUGUGGCUUAUUUUAGAUAUUGAAUUGCUUGAAUUUAUUUUAUAUAAAGUUUUUUUUUAUAUCUAUGAAAUGCUUGGCAUUCAAAAUACAAAUUUCAUCUGCUGUUAGAAGCCAUACUAUAAUUAUUACGUUCGUUUUGUAAUGUUAUUGUGAUGUGUUGACCAUUAUAAAAUGCACAUUCAUAUACCUACAUGCAACAUGAUUAUACCAUAACUCAUUUACACUACUCGCAGCAUUUCUCAAAACAAAUUAUUACCUGUUAUUGCCUGUUAUUCUUGCAUUGUUAUUGUAUCGAGUGUUAACAAUAACAUGGCAAUAAAGACUCACAGUGCUGUAUUAAA